GGCGUGGUGUUACACUGUUACAGUGAGUACACAUUACACUGAGCAAAGCGUUCUUCGGACAAACCCUAGAAAAAUGCAGGAGAAGAAGGGGGAUGCAGGUUGUAAGGGCAAGAAAGUCAAAAAGACCAAUCUGUUGGAUCAACACUCUAUCAAGCACCUCCUGGAUGAGUCCGUUUCUGAGAUCGUCACAAGCAGGGGUUACGCUGAAGAUUUCGCGAUGAGUAACAUUAGAUUGUUGCUUGGGACUGUCGUUAUCGCGAUCGCUCUCUUUGCUCAGUUCUACAAUAAGAAAUUUCCCGAGAACAGGAAUAUUCUUAUCGUCUGCAUUUCGUUGUAUAUUAUAGUGAGUGCACUUCUGCUGCUGAUUCCUUACACAAAGGAAAAGAAUGCCAUUUUGUUCACUUAUCCACCAGCUGGGUCUUUUAGCAGCACUGGCUUAGUCGUCUCUUCAAAGUUGCCUAGAUUCUCAGAUAUGUACACUCUCAUGAUAGCAAGUGCAGAUCCCCAGUCAAUCUCUGCAAAGCCACCGGUGGAGUUUACCAAGACUGUGACACAAUGGUUUACGAAGGAUGGAGUUCUCGCAGAGGGGCUCUUUUGGAAAGAUGUCGAAGCGCUCAUUAGCAAUUAUGCUAAAGAAAAUAAAAAAGGCAAGUAAAAAAGUAAUGGGAUCUUAAGAAAGGAUCUGAUAAAGUACUAGUCCAACAGUGUUCUGCUACACUGAUAAUGAAUUUGUUUCUUGCUUCAAUGGCUUAUGAAUCUGGUAUAAUCAAAAUUAGUAUUGAAACAAAUUGACAGAAUAUAUACAACCUUAAUCAUGCUUUUCUAUA